UUAACCAAACUCGUAGCUAGCUCAGCUUCGCGAGAUCAAGAAACACUACCACCGAGUCGCCAGUACUCGACGAACACUCGCGCCAUGGCCACCUCGACCGCCGCCGCCGUGCUGUCCCCGCCGUCCGUGGCGGGGCUCCGCCUGGCGCCAUCCCCGCGGCAGGCGCGCGCGUCCUUCCGGGCCACGCCGGCGAGGAGGUCCGUGGCGGCGCGGGCGGAGCUGAGCCCGUCGCUGGUGAUCAGCCUCAGCACGGGGGUGUCGCUCUUCCUGGGCCGCUUCGUCUUCUUCAACUUCCAGCGGGAGAACGUAGCGAAGCAGGUGCCCGAGCAGAACGGCAAGACGCACUUCGACGCCGGCGACGAGCGCGCCAAGGAGUACGCGGGGCUGCUCAAGUCCAACGACCCCGUCGGCUUCAACCUCGUCGACGUUCUCGCCUGGGGCUCGCUCGGCCACAUCGUCGCAUACUACAUCCUCGCCACCUCCAGCAAUGGCUACGACCCCAGCUUCUUCUGAUCGGAUGGGCCGGCCGACGGUUCUUGUUGUAAUCUACUCAGUCUGUUUGGUUAAUGUGAAAGAUUGGUUAAUGUGAACAAGUAGUGCAACUGCGUGUGUAUAUUGCCACAUGAAUUUGGUAUUCCUCCGUGUCUGCGUCUUCAUCUAUUUUCAGUCCGUGUCGUAUAAACCAGUUAUUGUAUUGUGCGAGUUCAUGACUUGCGAGUUGCGAGCAUCA